AUGUAUAAUAUAAUAUAUAUAGAAGAGACUAGAGCCAAAAUGGUGACAAUCAAGAGAGUAGCCAUCGUAGAGUUGAUUGUAUUAACAAUAGUAUCUGUAUUGUUUUACGUGUCUUUGAGUGGCAAUGUACCAUGGCUAGACUUGGAGACGAUGAUUGAUGAAAAUAUAACACUUUCAAAUCAAUAUGCAUUGUUGUCAUAUCAAGUGAAUCCGACAGGCAAGACGAUUGUGGUGACUAAUAGCGCUUCGCAAGUGACUAGUUGUAGUUAUACUCAGGUCGAUAAUAACAAUCUUGGACAAUCGGGUGGAUACUGUUUGGUGUACUACUCACUUGCCAUGCAACUCUAUCUAAACACAUUGCCAUCGAUCAUUUCACAGAGUCGAUUGUUGUUGGCAUUGAUACUGAUUGCUUCGAUUGUUGCCAACCCCGUCAUUAUAUUUAUCUUUACUUCAAGACUGUGUAUCAAAAAGAUUAAGAAUCGGUCACUCAUCAUGUGCAUUGUAUGGGCGGUUGUGACACUGUUGUCCUAUACCGUCGUACUAUUAUACCAUUUCAAAGUCAGAGAAAUGUUAAGUACCGUACAGGUAGUGACAAUCGACGCUGCACAAGCUCCAACCGAGCAAUCAUACACUGCCACCAAUGUUACCUAUAGUACUGGAUUCUGGUUAUCAGUUGCAACACUCUUCUUUUCACCACCGUUACUCAUCUUUCGUGUCUCUAGAAAGAUUCAUAAACGAUUACAUUCCAAUUCCAAAUCACGGUCCUCCUCAACCUCAACCUCUUCCUAUUCAACCUAUGACAGUGUUACAGUUCCAAUUAUUCAUGAUGAUGAUGGUACUUGGUAA